AUGGAGAUUAACAACAAGACUAAGUGUGGCCAAGCGAUAGGUGAGGGAAGUAAGAAAAAGAAUGAGGAGACUAAAGAGUCGGAUUGCUUGGAAGAGCUCGGUAGAAGCAAUCGCAUGCUAGGUAGAUGGAAGAAGGACUUGGUGGCUCAAUUACGUAAUACUUUGACUUUUCGUGAAGAUAAGCGGGGAUUUCAAAAGAAAGAGAUGUACUUUAAAUUGAACCCGGUUUGGAAGAAGGCUGGUAGUAGAACUAAGUUGCGGUACUUACAAGAGUCUUUGGGUCGACAAGCACAAGUUAGAGUGGAAGUCCUAGGCGGGCGGUUGGAAGCUUUGCGGCGUUGGGUAGUAGAUAGGGAGAGACGACAAGGAGGAUCUUUGGGGUGGCGGAAUGAAGUUCUGCCGCGAUUGUUAGGGAUCUUUAAAAGAGAGAUGGUCAGUGGGAAUGAAUGGAGUUUACCGGGCGUAGAGGGAUUUGCAAGUAUGUAUGCCUGGGGGAUGGAGAUUGUGCAUGAUUUAGGUCGGGGUGAAAUGAGUUGGAGUAAGUUGGUUUUAGCUUUGAAACAAGAAUUCCCAGAGAGUGUACUGGCUAGUGGACUAUCGGAAGACCGGGAAGUACCUGAAGUCUUCUUGGGUUUAUGUGAGUGCUUGGACUGGCCAGUGGAAGUGAAAGGUUUAGUCUUGGCUGAGUCGGACGGGAAUAGAAUAGAGAAGAAUACAGAAGUAUUACAAGUAGGAAAAAGAUUACGAAGUGCUCGGAUUAGUAGUAAUAAUAAGGUAGGUAGUAGUAAUAAGAUGAGUAAUAGCACUCGUAAGUUAGUACUGAGUAAUAUUCAGGUAGAUAGUAAGCGUAUGAUGAAUUCCCGGCCAAUUUAUAUUACAUUAGCUAUUAAUGGCCAACAAGUAACUGGCCGACAUAGUACUGGAGCCGAUGUGAGUAUUAUUGACUGGGGAUUGUUCUACCAACUAGCUGCUCAUUUACCGCAUCUGAAGUUGAAACAGCACAAUUACUUAAUUCGCGACUCAGCCGGCACAAUUCUGCCUUCAAUGUACUACUUGGAGGCCCAAUUGACUUAUGGCAGUACAUACAUUGGCAAGCACAAGUUGUUUCUUUUAGAUACACACAAUCCCGUGCCAACCGUUAUUGGACUGUCUAUCAUUCAGGCCUGCGAGCGAUUAGUUAAGUUAAGCUGA